CAUCGCACGGUUCUCUCUCGCUCGCGAGACUUCAACAGAUGUUGCUACCACUACAGCCAUCGGCCAUUGCUGGCCAUUGCCGUACGGUUGACGUUUUUCGGUGACUGCAUAUAGACGAAAACGUUUCGCUGUGAUGACAGUGUACCAGAGUGCUGACACUGCCAGUCCGCAUCGAGGCGUCCCCAUUCCGGCGUAUCUAGUGCGGCGACUUAAACCCUGAACAGAAAACAAUGAUGUGAUAAGGUGAACGAAACGGUGUGAUAGCAGUGCAAAUGUUAGUGAUAUGAUGUGCUGCUGAAUCAGCUACGGAAAGGUUCCAUUUGCUUCAACUGCAAGCAAACCAAAGGGGAAAGAAAUAUAGAACGCGCACUCCCCCAACAAUAGUGAUGACAUCGGACGAGAACGAAAAUGCUGGAUCCGAUGCAGCGUUCGAUCGGAUCAUGGAAUCCAUCGGCAAUGAUGGACCAUUUCAGCGACGGUACAACAUCAUCUUCAACGUGAUCGCGGUACUAUUUUUCGCCAUGUGUGUGGUGAAUGUGUUGCUCAUACUGGCCGUACCGGAUCAUAGGUGUAGUAUUCCGGCCAUGGUCAACGCAACGCACAACGAACGAUGGAACGAGUCCGUUUAUCCGAUGGAGUUCAAUAGUCGGGGCGAUUAUGUGCCCAGUUCCUGUCAGAUGUACCAACGUCUUUACAACGAUGAUGUUACCAAUUUUAAUACAACUCUUCCAAACGAAACAACUACAAUCUCCUGCCAGUAUGGGUACGACUACGAUCGUACGUAUUACGAUCGCACACCAGUCACGGAACAGGAUUGGGUCUGUGAGCGCGAACUCUACGGUACGAAUGUGUUCGCCAUCGUGCGCGUAUCGGAAGUAUGUGGAACGUUUAUUCUUGGUCAACUGGGCGAUCGCAUCGGACGACUUCCAGUGUAUCUGUUCAGUAUAGUAACGGCAGCAGUGGGACGUGUAUUUGCCAUCUUUUCCGCCCGCCAUUAUUGGCUAUUUGCGGCCCUAGCGUUUAUCGGUAGCUUCUCCACCAACACCUCAUUCCAGUCGCCACUAAUAAUUGCGAUGGAAAUCUCCAAAGAUGCCAACCGUGCGGCUCUCUCACUGUGGCAGCUGGUCGGAUGGACGGCGGGCGUUUGUCUUGCACCGUUGAUCCUCUGGUGGAUGCGUGACUGGACAUGGUUCAUGCUCGUUACCUCACUGCCCUGUCUGCUGUUCUACUGCUUCCCACGGUACGCUAUUGAGUCACCACGAUGGCUCGCCAGUCAAGGGCGGUAUGGGGCGUGUUUGGCACAGCUGCGCAAAAUUGCCACCGUCAAUGGGAAACCAUUCGAGAUGAGCGAGGAACAGCUGAAGCUGUUAAUACCACUUCCAGAGCAGGAAAAAACUUACGGCAUUGCGUCCCUGUUCAGUGGCUGGCAUAUGAGUAAGCUGACCUGUCUGCUGCUUCUCAGCUGGAUCUGUAACACCAUACCAACGUUCACACUGUUCCUGCUCAGCCUUCAGAUGGGUGGCAAUCCGUUUCUGAACAACUUCUGGCAGGGUGCCGUCGAGCUACCGGCCUAUCUGCUCGGUCAACUCUGCUGCGAUCGACUUGGACGACGAUUCACCAAUAGUGGUGCAUUUCUGGCCGCAACCAUCGCGUGCUUGCCGGUAGUACUAUUAAUCCACCGUCCUGGAACGGAACUGUACGUGACCAUGCUUGCGAUUGUGGUGAAAUUUUUCGUAUGCAUCACCUAUUUCGCACUGUAUCUUCAAUCCGUGGAGCUAUAUCCAACGUCCCUCCGGCAGACCGGUACCUCGUUCGGUAUCAUCGUGUCGAACGUUUUCGGUGCCGUUGGACCGUAUAUCGUUUACCUCGGUACUAGCCGCGACCUUCGGUUGCCGUUCGUCGCGAUGGGAUUGAUUAUGUUUGUCGGUGCACUCAGUGCCAUCUUUCUACCCGAAACGCUACACCAAAAGCUACCGGAAACGAUGGACGAGGGUCGCCAGUUUGGACGUGAUCAACGGUUCUGGUCCAUCCCGAAACGUCCGCGUACCGUCGCUAGCGAACGUCCACACGAAACGGAACUGCAGGAGCUACAAAAGCUAAACCAACCUGCCUCAGAACAUUGUAAUCAGCUCAGCACGCCGAGCGAUCCCUACGACGAUCAUACCCGACAAAAGCUUGGUCUAACACUAUCCAAAGAUCAAGCACAACUGAUGCGGGUUCUCGGUGAUACGGCUGACUUAAACCCUACCAUAUACGAUUAUGCGAAUAGUUCAAAAUGUUCCAAUCGAGCAUCUAAGAUCAGCAACAAGAUAACGCUAGCCGAGAUCGCACUAGAAACGGAACCAUUAGGUGAAGAUCCCGAACAAAUCAGUGGGUCAGGAUGGACGGAAAAUAAGUGUCUUGUCGAAGGUGCACCACAGGUAGUCGCAUACAAUGACUAUCACAUUGAUGUGUGGUUCCUGGUGUCGGAAUUUAUUCGCCCGGAAGACGUUUGCCGCUUUGCACUGAUUUGUCGCAAAACGGCAGAGGUUGUUCAGAGUGGCCGGUUCUGGACGCAACUGUACCGAUCGUACUACGAUCAAUCCAUCGAUAUGCCGGCACGCUUUCAACCGGACAGCAUGGUACGGUUGCGUGGUCUUCGUUCGGCCGUCAUACGAUCGCUGUACUAUCUGUACCCACCGUUUGUGGAGCGCCUGACGAUGUUAUCAAACCGACAUCAGUACCGCGUUAUCGGACGGCAGCUACUUACCACUUGGCACAAGCGUACAAAGAACUGCUGGACGUACUGUUUUCGGCUAAAAACACGAUUAGCGCCUGGCAGUCGUCCUGCGCGAUCAGCGCAGCUACAACGCGAGAAAAAGUCACUCGCGUUUCUGCAGGAUAUCUUCAUGAAUCCGGAGGAAGGAUGUCAGAUAUUGAUGAUAACGACCGAUUUUCUCAAAGUGAUACCGAUGUACAACGAGACGUUGUUUGUGAAAAACAUUGUUCAAACCCUUUCCCAGAGCAUGAUGCGCUACAAGAUUAGUCUCGAGCUGGCGAACUACUGCGGUAAACGGAUAGACGAGCUUGUGUUCGAUCCUGUACGCAACGUUAGCGUGCUUGAUUGGUGGACACCGGAAUAUUAUACCGAAAUCGGCAGUUCGCUGCAAGAGGAAUCAUCCCUCGCGGAAUCCGAAUGGGCAGAUGACUCGGACUGGGAUAACUGAGAAGAUUCCUUCGAAGAAAUAAUGUUCCAACUAGCGCUUUUUGAUUUGUUGUGGUCAUAGUUUAAUAUGUUUUGAAUGGAAUAUAUACAGGACUGUGACCCUUGGAUGGUCACACGUGACUAUGUGAA